UGUUAUCUAUUAUGCCUUGCAGCAUGAUCCCAAAAAUUAUCAAGACUGGUUUUGCAGCAAUUCAUCUGAUAUACUUUUUCACUGCUGGUCCUGAUGAGGUAAAGUGUUGGCAGAUCAGACGUCAGACUAAAGCUCCUCAAGCUGCUGGUGCAAUUCACACUGAUUUCGAAAGGGGCUUUAUAUGUGCUGAUGUAAUGAAGUUUGAAGAUCUGAAAGAACUGGGCAGUGAAUCUGCUGUUAAGGCUGCUGGAAAAUACAAGCAGGAGGGGAAAACCUAUGUGGUUCAGGACGGGGACAUCAUCUUUUUCAAAUUCAACGUGUCUGGUGGCGGGAAGAAGUAAAAA